UGAAGAGUACCCAGGUGCUACUGCUCGAAUCUCCGUCCUCCUCAAGCAUCGCUCUUCGAAUCAGAUCGGAAGCCGAAGAUUGAAAUCGACAAUGUCUCAAAAUGCGCCAGCCGAAACCCUUGCGCUUCUUACGCGUUUAAGCCAGAAACCUGGAGUUCAAAGCACUCUCAUCCUAUCUCGAGAGAACGGAGCGAUCGUACGGACCUCUGGCCUAAUAUCGAGCAGCACAUCGGCGAACGGCAACAACACAUUACCAGCCCCUUCCGAUAGCGCCGUGGACUUGUACAGCAAUGGCAAACCAGAAGGGGGCAUACAAAGUGCCGAAGACGUAGCCCGCCUGGUCUGGUCUUUUGUUGGGUCAGCCAGUACGCUUGCAUCCGGACUCGACAAAGAUGACGAAGUCAAGCUAUUGAGAGUUCGGACCAAAAAGAACGAGCUAGUCAUUGUCCCUGAUCCCAAGUUCGUCCUGGUCGUCAUACAUGAUACUCCUCCAGCAUAGAAAACGAC